GCACUACUUCGCGUCCCUCCGCGGCCAUUGUUUACAAGGCUCACACACGAACAGGACGAGACGAAAGAGACACCAUUAAUUGCGACACUUCCAAGCCAUCAAUAACCCCAGCGCCAUCACAGGACAGAGAAAAGGACUAAUUACGCAAGUGAAGAGUGAUACUAGCCAGAAAUAAGUGAGCCAUAAGCCAUCGUUACUCACCACCUGAGGGAGCCUAUAGGCCUGUCGUCUGCCUGUGGUCAGCACGUGAGCCCAGCACGUCACGUCAGGAGGGACGCAGCGCUACGAAAGGAAGAGAUAAGAUGGUGAGUCCAGUCAGCAGCCAGCGUCGGCAAGGUCAGCAGUGAGCCUCAGUGCCGAGAAAGCCAGUGAAAACACAUGAAUACUACGUGUGGAGCCAUGGAAACCUCUGCUAUGCCUCCUGCCAGUGUGUCAAGGUCAUGUUUCGUAUGUGCCACGCCCAUGUAUCCAACCUCACCAACCUUGGACAUUAAGGAUAAGUUUUGUGAGACCAUCGGCGGGCACGUGGACACAUCCCCUUGGGGUCACAUUAAGGACACUGUGACACAUCCUUUUGCACUCUUUAACUCCAAUUGGUGAGGUCAAGAGAGGUCAAACAAGGUAUUGAGGUCAUUCCAGCCACCAUGACCACUCUCGGUUUCAAGUCAAGAGCGCCGCCAGGUCAAGGUCACGAAAGGAUGGGUCACGAGGUCAAGUUUGGGGUCAAGGUCACCCCCCAGGUCAAGUUGAGCUUCCCCCCGGGGCGCCCACCAACCCUGGACCCGGCCCCCACCCCUGCCAAGCCCCAGGGUCAUAGAAGCUCUUGGCCAGGUCAAAUGUGGAAUCACCUGACCAACAUAUUCGCCGUGCACCCUACCGUGAACUGGGUCAACCCGCAGCUGGUGAGGGAGUGCCCCCCACCCCCCCUGGCACACUACACCAGCCCCCCACCCCACCAGUACAUGCCGCCCCCUGCCCUGACCCAUGGUGGGGGGCUGUGGCACGCCGCCCCCCCCGGCAACCAGCAGCAGCAGCAGAUGAUGGACCCACUACUGAUGCUGCAGGGAAGGGAUACAGGAGGUGGAUAUCUCAGCGCUAAGAUAAGUACGAACGAGUACUAUCCAAGCACUAAGAUGGGGACGGAAUGUGUCUACCUGAGCUCCAAGAUGGGUACAAGUAACUGCUUCCCUGGUACUAAGUUGGGCACUAAUGGGUACUAUCCAAGCGCUGUUUACCCGAGCGCCAAAACGGAUACAAACAGUGUCUACCCUAGUACUAAGAUGGGUACGAACGGGUACUAUCCAAGCACUAAGAUGGAGGCAGACUGUGUUUACCCGAGCGCUGAGAUGGGUAUUAACAGCUAUGUUCUUGUGCCCAGGACCAUGCCCGAGAGCUACCCUGGCACCACCACCACCACCACCUCCAGCAAGCCCCUCAACCCCUACGCACAAGAAUGGGUCCCGCCAGGCUACUACACCACCACUCCGGCAACUCCAGUGGUGUUGAAGGCGCCUCACCAUCAGGACACAACACCAAUCAUCCCGUACUCACCACAAGACUUCCAGAAUGACGUGAUUGAAGAUACCCUAAGUGCCCAUGCCUUUGUCAACACCAAGGCACUAGAUACCCAAAAUGUGACCCAGGUUGACCCUACAAGUGCCACCAGUCCUCAGGAAAGUCCAGGGCAGUUCACGGAGUCCGAGAGUCCUAUAGGAUAUCAGGAGGAGAGGGAGGCUGAGGAAGGUCCGAUUUUAGGUCCAGAAGUCCGAGAAAUUGCAGAGGAAGGAGCGAGAGAGGGAGAAUUAGCCAGUCCAGGGCAAGAGAAUGUGUGUUUUGGGGUCCCAGCAAGUCCGGACUGUAUCAAAAUCGCGAAACCAGACUUUCCCAAGUCCGGUCCAUCAUCUAACACAAGCUCGCAAAGUCCAGAGGAAGUGCGAUUAUGUUUUAAGGUCCCAGCAAGUCCAGACUGUAUCAAGAUCAUGACAACAGAGCUUACCCAGUCCGGUUCAAGUUCAAACACAAGCUCGCGAAGUCCAGAGGAAGUACGAGUGUGUUUUAAGGUCCCAGCAAGUCCGGACUGUAUCAAAAUCGCAAAACCAGACCUUGCCAAGUUUGGUCUAAUGUCUAACACAAGCUCGCAAAGUCCAGAGAGAGUGCGAAUGUGUGUUAGGCUGCCAUCAGAGCGAACCCAGAAUGCCAAGGGAGUGCCAGGUGAUGCUAAACAAGGCUACGACAGUGCCACAAGGAGCUACAUUACCAAGAGAGUGCCGAACAGUGCAAAUGAAGUCCUGGUCAGUGCCACAAGUUCCCAGAGUGCCAGGAAAGUGCCGUGCAGUGCCACACAAAACCAGAGAGUGCUAGACAGUGAAAAGAGACCCUCAAGCAGUGCCGAGCAUGUGCCGGACAGUGCCAGUGGAAGCCUGAGUGCCGCUGUGAGCUAUGCCAGAGUGGUUGAGAGGGCCACGCCGUCACCACCGCCGCCACACUCAACCGAAGACGACAAGUAUAAGGGAGUUGAACAGCCAAUCCCCAAGAUAUUUCAGAGGGAUAGGACGCCCCCCAGGGAAGUGCCGGCUCCUAUUGUUGGCACUUGUAGGAUGCCAGAGCUCUUCCGACGCCCCACCAAGGAUCAAAGGACGCGCUCAAGAAGAUUCCUGCAGGAGUUGAAGGAGUCGAGUGGUGGUGGUGAAAAUGGUGGUGAUGGAGGUGGUGGUGUUGACUGGUGUUCCUCCUCCCUCUCUUCCUCUUCUUCCUCCUCCUCCUCCUCCCCUUCCUCUGUCUCCUCCUCCUCUUCUUCCUUCUGCGAUCUUCCUCAGGUAUCCAAUUCUUCAUGCAUUCCUUCUUCCUCUUCCUCCUCUUCUCAACCUCUUCCUCCUUCCUCCUCCUCCUCCUUCCCCUCCUCUUCCCCAGUGCCUAUAUCACCCCUCUACCCCCCUCGCCCCCCAAGGUCAACCCCACCAAUGACCCCAAACAGUCCAGGUCGCGAGAGGUCAGAGAGCGAGUCCAGUGCUGCGAGUCUCGAUAUCGACUUUGCUGAUGAUGUUGACUGUGCCGUGGUUGCCACAGUGAGUGCCGUUCCAAGUGCCACUGCCAAAAAGCCGAUCAAUAGGUUUCUGGCAUGUAUUUUAGGGUCAGGAGAGAGUGAUUCAGAGGAGGAGGAGGAGGAGGAGGAGGAUGACUGGGAUGAAGUGUGUGUGACGGACAGUGCCGGGGUGAGUGCCAAUGGACUGCCAGACCUCGACGACUCAUGGGAGACAUUCGGACUGGAAAUGAUCGUGUUGCAGUGCCGGAAGGACCCAGCGAAGGAGGAGUGCCGGAGCAAACCGGGUCCAGAAGUGCCGGAAAUUGAGUGCCAGGCCGCAAAAACUGACGACCAAACCGACAGCUCCAACCUCUCGGAAAUCAAUGCGAGAUGGGAACGUGAGGUCAGUGAGGGAGUGCCAGUCAAGAGUGCCGCCCGGGUGAGGUUUGGCGGCACUACAGUCCACCCUAUGGUCGUGUGGAGUCAUGCGUAUCGGAAGGCUCGCAGCGGCCCCUGGGAACAACAGGCACGUGAUAGGGCCAGAUUCAGACAGCGGAUUGGCACUGUGGAAGCGGAGCUGGCACCGAUCUUAGAGGCUAGUCAUCGAACAGCUGUGUAUGAGAGACUAUUUGGCACUACUACUACUACUACUACACCUACUGCUGGUUCUUGAUGCUUGUAAUAGUAGAUAAGUAGAUGAGAGAGAGAGGGGGGGGGGGGGGGACUACUUUGUGUGUGAAAAGAAAGGAAAGGAAGGAAAAGAAAGAGAGAGGCCAGUACUUUGUGUGUGAAAAGGAAGGGAAAGGAAAGGAGAGGAAGAAAAAGAGAGAGAGAGAGAGAGAGAGAGAGAGAGAGAGGCCAGUACUUUGUGUGUGAAAAGGAAGGGAAAGGAAAGGAAAAGAGAGGAAGAAAAAGAAAGAAAUAUUGCAAGGCUGUUAUUUUGAAGCCAUAUGACUGUGUGUGUGUAUGUAUGUAUGUAUAUGUAUUGCAAACCCAUUCUACUGGUAUACAUAAUUAGUUCAAGAAUAUAUUUACCAUCACAUAAAGCCUGACAUUUCUAUAAUUAUUCUUUCAUAUAUAUAUAUAUAUAUAUAUAUACACACACAAGUUCUUACCAUGUAUAUGUAUGUAUGUGUGUAUAUGAAUGUACAUUUCUAUACGUAUAUAUAUAUAUUUCAUACACAUUUUUAAUAUAUAUAUCUGUACAGGGUAGUGUGUAUUAAUGAUGUAUAGUGUGAAAUGUGUAUUUUUGGUGACAGAGUGAAUUUGUGGGCUCUGAUGUUAUGAAAUUAUUAUUAUUAUUAUUACAAACUUAUUUUUUGAGGUAUAUAUAUAUAUGUGUGUGUGUAUAACUACUACUACUAUAUCUACCACUACUACUAUAUCUACUACUACUACUACUAUAUCUACUACUACUACUACUACUACUAUAUCUACUACUACUACUAUAUCUACUACUACUACUUCUAUAUCUACCGCUAUAUCUACUACUACUACUGCUAUAUCUACCGCAAUAUCUACUACUGUAUCUACUACUACUACUACUACUGUAUCUACUGCUAUAUCUACUACUACUACUACUAGUACUACUACUACUACCACUAUUUACUACUACUACUACUACUACUAUUUCUACUACUACUACAACUUCUACUACUACUACUACAACUUCUACUACUAUCAUUAUUAUUAUUUUUGCAUCCAAGGCAUUUCAAUUUCUUCACUUUUUCAUUUAAUAUUUCCUUUCCCUUCUCAUUUCUCUUUCUUUUCUUAACUUUCCUUAUAGCAUCUAAGAGUCGACAAUUGAACCCUGAAUGACAUAGGCCUAUAUAUAGAGACAGACAGAGAUUCUACUGUGAUAACUUAGUGAUAAUAUACAUAAAACCCAAGUCAUUUUUAUAUAAGAACGUGGAGAUCAAUUUUCCCACUGAGAUGCUAUACCCCAGAGUAAAGUUUUAUAUUAGAACAUUAAGAUCGAUAUUCCCGCUAAGAUGCUGUACCCAGGCUCAGGAACCUUAGACCAUUAUAAGAGCUAAGAAAGGAAGGAUUUUUUAAGCACUGUAAAAGCCUCUAUUGUUAAUGUUAUCUUUUGUUUUUAUUUGAUUGUUAUGGGAUGAAAAAAUAAAUUGGCGAAAUUGA